UCUCUCGUGAGGAGCGCCUCUCAAAUUUCAAAUCUCACUCUCAUCCCGCUCUCUUCCCAAUUCUCUCAGUUCGUUCAAUACACACCCAGAGAGCCCAACAUUUCCCAGUUCAAAUUCGCAUCACAGAGAGAGAGAGAUAGAGGGUCUCUGAGAGAGAGAGAGAGAGAGAGAGAGAGAGACAGCGAAGCAUUUUCGGGAGUGGAUCUGGAACUAGCAGGACAAAAUAGGUGCGUGCGACUCUCCCUCCGGCCCUCGAUUCAGAAUGUCCGGCCGUCACGAGAAGGAGAAAGGAGGCGUCAACGUCCAGGUCCUUCUUCGAUGCAGGCCGUUUAGUGACGAUGAGUUGCGGAGCAACGCGCCACAGGUGAUAACAUGUAAUGAGUACCAGAGAGAAGUGGCUGUGUCUCAGAGCAUUGCGGGGAAGCAUAUCGAUAGGGUUUUCACUUUCGAUAAGGUUUUUGGUCCUAAUGCGCAGCAGAGAGAUCUUUAUGACCAAGCUGUGAUUCCGAUAGUAAAUGAAGUCUUGGAAGGGUUCAACUGCACCAUUUUUGCUUACGGGCAAACUGGUACAGGGAAGACUUACACAAUGGAGGGUGAAUGCAAAAAGGCAAAGAGUGGGCCAAAUGGAGAAUUGCCUCCUGGAGCUGGAGUUAUUCCGAGGGCUGUCCAGCAGAUUUUUGAUACCCUUGAGGGCCAGUGCACAGAGUACAGUGUAAAAGUUACUUUUUUAGAGCUUUACAAUGAGGAGAUUACCGAUCUGCUUGCCCCAGAAGAACUGUCUAGGGUUCCUGCAGAGGAGAAGCAGAAAAAGCAGUUGCCUCUAAUGGAGGAUGGGAAAGGUGGAGUCCUCGUAAGAGGUCUGGAGGAGGAAAUUGUGACGAGUGCCAGUGAGAUUUUCACUCUUCUUGAAAGAGGGUCUGCGAAACGUCGCACUGCUGAAACUUUAUUGAACAAACAAUCUAGUCGGUCACAUUCUCUAUUUUCCAUCACGAUACACAUUAAGGAAGCAACUCCAGAAGGUGAGGAGCUGAUCAAGUGCGGAAAGUUGAACUUGGUAGAUUUGGCUGGCUCAGAAAACAUAUCUCGUUCGGGUGCUAGAGAGGGUCGUGCACGAGAAGCUGGAGAAAUCAACAAAAGUUUACUGACUUUGGGGCGAGUAAUCAAUGCUUUGGUGGAGCAUCUUGGACAUAUUCCAUACAGGGAUAGCAAGCUUACUAGGUUACUUCGCGAUUCACUUGGGGGAAGAACCAAGACUUGCAUAAUUGCUACAGUCUCACCAGCUGUCCAUUGUCUGGAAGAAACCCUGAGCACGUUGGAUUAUGCACACAGGGCCAAAAAUAUAAAAAAUAAGCCUGAGGUGAAUCAAAAGAUGAUGAAAUCAACACUUAUCAAGGAUCUUUACGGGGAAAUUGAACGACUUAAAGCAGAGGUGUAUGCUGCACGUGAGAAGAAUGGUGUUUAUAUCCCAAAGGAGCGGUACUAUCAAGAAGAAAGUGAAAGGAAGGCUAUGGCUGAUCAGAUUGAGCAAAUGGGGCUUACCCUAGAAACCCAUCAGAAGAAAUUUGAGGAGCUGCAGGAUAAAUAUGUCGUUCAGGUUCGACAGUGUCAUGAUUUGAGCAGCAAACUUGAAUCCACUGAGAAAACGUUGGAUCAUACUGCUAAACUGCUUUCUAACACUGAAGAAGACUUGAUGAAAUGUCGCUAUGCUCUGAAGGAGAAAGAUUUUAUUAUCUCUGAGCAGAAAAAAGCUGAAAAUGCUUUGACUCUUCAAGCAUGCACUUUGCAGUCUGACCUGGAGAAAGCACUCCAGGAUAAUGCUUCAUUGUUUCAAAAAAUUGGUAGAGAGGACAAGCUGAGUGCUGAUAAUAGGCUGGUAGUGAAUAGUUACCAGGAAGAUCUUGCCAAGCGAGUUGGUUCCCUUUGCCAGAUGGUGGAAACUUCAAUGUCUCGUCAGAAUGAACACCUUCAGGGUGUUGAGAACCUCUGUCAGUCCUUUUUACUGGCCCAUGAAAAGGCGGUUAUGGAAAUGAAGAAGAAAGUGGCAUCAUCGAGGGCUUUGUUUGUUUCUCAUAUUGAGGCAGUGCAAAAUGUUGUGCGUUUGCACAAGGCGAGCUCUAAUGCUGGUCUGGAUGAAAUUUCAUCAUUGGCUUCUGCCAAUACACAUUCUAUUGAAGAAUUUCUAGAUUCGGAGGCUGGUGAAUCAGCUUCGAUAUUUCAGAAUCUUCUGAGUGGUCUCUCAACACAGCAGGGAGAGAUGACAAUUUUUGCGAAGGAAUUGAAACAGAAAUUCCAUUCUAGUAUUAAUCAAACAAAGGAAAUCUCUGAGUACUCUCAAGGAUUUCUACACAAGCUUAUGGAAGAAUCAAAAAGGCUUGAAGAUCAUGUGACAAAUGCUAACGAUAUUAAAAUGAAGAGCAUUUCUGAAUUUCAGAAGGCUUAUGAGGAGCAGUCAAAAUCUGAUGCAGAGAAGCUUAUUGCCAAUAUCUCUAAUUUGGUCACCGAUCAUAUUUGUCGUCAAAAAGAGAUGGUGGAUGCCAAGCUUGUUGAUUUCAGAGAAAGUGCAAUUGCAGACAAGUCUUUCUUGGAUGUGCACGUUUCUUCUAUGGAUGGUAUUUCCACAGAUGCAAAAAGAAAAUGGAUGGAAUUUUCUAUGCAAGCAGAGAAUGAUGCUAAGGAUGGUGUUGAUUACUCUGCUGCAAAACAUUGCCGCAUGGAGGUACUUCUGCAGCAAUGUGUAAGUACUGCUGAUUCAGCUUCGAAGCACUGGAAAAAGACGCAGGACUCUGUGAAUGAUAUGGGAAAUAAACAUGUUUCAGCUAUGGGGUCGCUCAUCAGGAAUGCUUAUGAUAGUAAUGAGCAACAUGAUGAUGAAAUCAAUUCAGUGAGGACUGCAGUUGAGCAAGAUGUGGCAAAGGAUAGUGAGGAUGCCCUUCAGCAUGUAGAAAGUAUGGAUGAGCAGGAGCGGGAAUCUAUAUCUGGAAUCUUGGAGGUUGUCAAGGCUCAAUCAACCACCCUUGAGACUUUCCGGGAGGAUCACUGUGGGCAAGCUGCAUCUAUUGAAGAGAGGGCGCGGGAUACCUUUCAGAACCAGUAUAUGGAUUAUGAACCGUGUGGUUCUACACCAGAAAAGGCCGAACCAGAAGUUCCAACCAAGGGAACAAUCGAGUCACUACGAGCCAUGCCAAUGGAAGCUCUUGUUGAGGAAUUUCGGGAAAACAAUUCAUAUGAUUCAUUUGAUGUGAAGGAGCUGAAACCAUCUCUUAUACCACGCUCGCCACUUACACAACUCAACUAAUGCUGGCGUGAUGUGAUACUAGCUCAGCUACAUGAAAUUCUGUAAUUUGUAUCUGUAUCAUCAUUGUUCACUUUUUAUUGCCUCAAUACAAGGAUGAGGUAGAAUGUCGUGCCAUGGCUCGCCCCUUGUGCAGUCAGUGUACCAAUACAUCCAGUCUUUGGAUUUAGCAGUGUAGCUCGUAUAGGAUGGAAUGUAUAUUGGGGUGCCUACAUGUUGUUAAGUUAAUUUACCUUGAUGCUGUUUCAUUUAGCCCCACUGUGUACCUGAAGUCUGUUUUGUAAUACUCUCAAGUUUUUCAUUCUUUG